CUCAGCGUUGGUAUUGUGGAAUGAAGGUUGUGGAUCUGGCGCGCAGUGAAGUAACGAUUUGUUAAUUGCAACAGAUUAAUAAUAUUGUUACCUGGAUUAUUAAAUGUGUUUAUCUGUAGAUUUUUUUUGGUGAAUCCUUGCAAGUGAAAGCUUGGAUUUGUAGGAAAAAUUUGCGGGCUAGUUUGCUAACGCUAGAGUAGCUCGUUUGGGAGGCUGCAAUCGCAAAUUUAGUUCUGUAUUUCUGAGUAAUUACAAAUUAAUUACUGUCGUAAUUGGACUUCCCAGCAUGCUCGUUUCAUGUCGUAUAACAUCAGUCAGUUACAGCAAUAACUAAUAUAUCAUACAGUCCGAUCAUUGGCAAUGAACUCCAAACGCAACAACGGUGAUAACGGGGCGAGUAGGAUCAACCCAGUGUCGGAGCCAACAGCAACAAACAGCUCACAAGCGAGCACUUCCCUCCGUAAACAAACUAUAAUCAACUCAUCAAACAAGGGAGAGAAGGGUGAGUGCAUGCAAAACAUAACACGGGACAAAAGCAUGUCCAUCUCCACGCUGAGAAGUCGCCUCGGUCCGACCAUCCGGUCCACUCUGUCCGCUGCGGUGGACACCCUGCUGGGCGAGAUAGUGGCGGUGCUGUCCGAAACACAGCGGGAACUCUUGACCAAAGAGCAAGAGAACGAGAAACUGAAGGUCCGCCUCGAAGUCUCCGAGAGAGAGCUCAAAACGUUACAAGAAUGUCUGUGUAGCGCACAGAAAUUAAUCGACCAGCUUCAAGGUCCUUUUGGCAACCCACCCAUGUCGGGACAUCACAUCUACACCACAGCUGGACCCUUAAACUCGAGUCGGUUGACUCAUCGUAGUGCACCCGAGGCAGAUCCACGCUGUUUUGCUGGAGGUGAGCCGGAGUUGAGUGGGGCUCUGGGUGAUGCCAUACACGGCUUUGACGCCAGAGAGGAUUUCAAGAGCUGCCACCUCUCCAUUCAGGCGGAUGGAACGGUGACGAACAGUUUUUAUGACCCUAUAGCCGUCCAUUCGUCUAACAUCUGUCCAGACAUGAACCGAGCUGGUGAGAUUGUGGAUGACAGUAGAAGGCUCUCGCACACUAGAGCACAAAACCCCUCUACACACACUAACUUCUCUGUUAAAGAAGAACAGGGUCCUGUCUCUGGGCAGGUGUGUUUGCGGGGAAGAGAGCCACCCACAGCUACUGAGCACACUGCACAGAAUGUCUGUGAUGUAGCAUACAACCAUGUGGUCGAGGAAGAAGGAAGCUCCCGUUCACACCAUCAUCCUUCCAAACCGGCACCACCGCCCCCCUCCAGGCCUCACAGUAGUUCACCUCCUCCGGGGACCUCCGGGCUCAGAUCAGCCCACAGAGAUGCCCCUGGGUUGAGUAUGACCAGAAGGAGCCCUGGGGUGGGCGGCUCAUCUCCUGAAGAGCCCACACGGCGCUCCAUUUCUGAGCUAAUGGGAGAGGCACCUGGAGAACGGCCUCACUUGUGUUUGGAGUGCGGAAAGACUUUCCGUCUGAUCUCAAGCCUAAAAAAGCACCUGAGGAUCCACACGGGAGAGAAACCAUAUCCGUGCACGGUGUGCGGGCGACGUUUCCGUGAGUCAGGAGCACUUAAGACUCACCUUCGCAUCCACACAGGUGAGAAACCAUAUUCCUGCUCCGAAUGUGGAACGCAGUUUCGGCAUCUAGACGGCCUGCGGAAGCACCGGCGCACGCACACCGGUGAAAAACCAUAUGUGUGCAGCAUAUGCGGAAAACGUCUCAGCCGGCUGCAGCAUCUGAAGCACCACCAGCGCAUACACACAGGAGAGCGGCCAUGUUGCUGCCCACUCUGCAACAGAGCCUUUAAAGAUCCGGCAAGCCUGAGGAAACACCUCCGUGCCCAUGAUGGGGAGCCUGGAGCAGAGGAAGCUGUGGCCAUGGCUGGUCUGGCAGAGGGGGAUGGUGGCUCCGUGGAUGAUGAGGAUAUGAGGUUUGGUAUGUGGGGGGAAGAGGAAGGGAACGAAGGGGAGCCUGUAGUGGACUGUGUGUAGUCGUGGCAACACAAGGAGUUCCAGAAAAGCAAACACCCAAAAGCCUGAACUGAACAAAGAAGAUUUCGGUUUUAGACGCAUGCCUUAAAACACAUCACCUGGCUUAAAGGGAUGGUUCAACCAAAAAUUAAAAUUCACUCAGGAUUUACUUACCCUCCUGGCAUCCCAUAUGUGUAUAACUUAUUUUCUUCUGCAAAACACAAAUUAAGGUUUUUAGAAGAUUAUUUCAGCUAUGUAGAUCCAUAAACUCCAAAGGGGUGCAUAAAAGUAAUCCAUAUGACUCCAGUGGUUAAAUCCAUGUGUUCAGACUUGAUUGAUAGGUGUUGGUGGGAAACAAAUCAAUAUUUAAGUAAUUUUUUGUCAUUAAUUCUCCUCCCUGUCUAGUAGGGUGUGAUAUACAUGAAGAAUGUGAAUCACCAAAAACCAAAUGAGCAAGUGAAAAUAAAGUAGGAUUAAAAUAUUGAUCAUAUCACUUCAGGAGACAUGGAUUUAACUGGAGUACAUUUAUGUUGCCCUUAUGUGGAUUUUGGAGCUUCAAAAUUCUGGCACACAUUCACUUAUAAUGUAUAGACCUAUAGAGAAGAGAUGGUUUUCUAAAAUUCUUUGUAUUCAGUAGAAGAAAGAAUUUCAUACAUAUCUGGGAUGGCAUGAGGGUGAGUAAAUGAUGAGAGGAUUUUCAUUUUAGAGUGAACCAUCGCUUUAAGACACAUGCUGUGUGUUGAGAGGGUAAUUUUGUAAAAAAAAAAAAAAAAGACCAAGAUGUGGUGUUAAGUGUUUGACAUAGGUUAUGCCAUGUCCUGAACUACACCUUCAGUGGUACUUCUUCCAACAUGUUUCAUCUAGAUACUUUGAAAUCUAUGUCCUGACAACAAGCUCAGUUUUUGAAAAUAUGGUUAAAACACUUGUGUAACAACAUGUAUUUGCUCACGUCAAGUAUCAUGCAAUAGAUUUCACAUAACAAAUUUUUUUCUUCUGUGUAUUCACUGUGAUUUAGUACAGGGGCUGUAAAUACUUCAGUGAGACUAACAGGGUGCUUGUACGACCUGUUACUCACAAUUUAUGGGUGUUGUUAUUGGUGUAAUCAUUUUAGUGUGCCCUAUUGUCAUAUUUCUGUUAAAGAGCUAUGACUGACAUAAACACAUUAAAGCCUUAACUAUAGAUUUAUUGCACAGACUUGCACACUGAUGUGCAUAGAAACAUUAAGAUUUUUUCAUGUAAUUAUGGCUAGCUGGGUUCUUUUCAUCUGUUUGUUGGGUGUUUAUAGGUUGUAAAAUAUCAAUUCAGUUUAGUCAGGUUAUUUGUUCAGUUUAUCAGUAUAUUUGGGAAUGUUUGGAUGUAGUUUACAGUACAGGGUUAAGACCACAUCACAGGGUGCUGAUCCAAAGAGUGAAGAAUGUGACUGCCAGCACCUUUGACAAGUCAUCUGAGUUCAGCUGACUAUUGAUAUCUGUAAAAUACAUGAUUUACAUAAUCAGUUAAACAGUAUAUUGAUAUGCAGCAUUGUUUCUCUUUUAGAUGAAGGUUUAACGAGCAAGCACACAAAGUAAGCUUCACAAAAGUGGUGCUCUCUACUGAAUGAAGGGAAAGAAUGUUACUGGUCCUCAAGUGCUUCUUUGGUUUGUUUUCAUCAAAGAUGGAGAAGCCAUUUCUGUUGUGGCCAUUGCACCAAUCUAUAAUGUGGUUUGUGAAUAAUGUUUUUCCUUUUUUUUUCUUUUUACCCACAGAAAGAUACUUUUUAAAAAAAAAUCCAAAUACCUUUUUGUACAUUGAAGUUGUAUAUUCUGUACAUUGAACUGCAAUAGAUUUAGUCUUAAACAUUGCAAGCCAGAAGCUAGUAACUUCUGUGUGGAAAUGAUCCAUAACAAGUGUUUUAAUACCUCUGUUUAAAUGUUUCAUUUGUGUGCCAACAUGUGAUGUUGUAGAGGUUUUGUUGCAGUUUGAAGGGUGUGGUCCAACUCUAGUAAAGUUCAUCAAAAUCUGAUUGUUGUUGCACCCCAUGAAAUCUUAAGUGUGGAAAAAAAAAAAAAAAAAGAGUUCUAAAUUAACUUGGUCAUGUAGUUGUCACAAAACAAGCAUAUAUUGGUUACAUCCAAUAACAUUCUUCCAGCAUCUGUCCAACAACCCAACUCCAUCUUUUGUUUUUGGAUCUCUGCUGUAUAUUAACUAACUUUAAGUACAGCGGGGUAACUUUAAAGAUCGAGUCGAGUCUCCUGGGGGAAAAAAAAACUUUUGAAGGAUUAGAUGAGAACUCGUAAGAUUAGUGCUAGUUUUAGACCAAUAUUUUACCAGUCAUUAAAAUAGUGGAGUAAUACCAUUGCCAAAUGAGAGUAUGAUUCAAAGUAAUUACUUGUAAUAUUAAGUUUCACUAAGAUAUGACAAAUAAAUUUAAUACAGGUCAGCUUUGAUAUGAGAAUUCUUUUAAUGUAGAAAUGCAUCUCUACUUGAAAAUCCUUAAAUAUGUUAGGUUAUGUAUUUCCAAUUAUUACUUUUACAAGACGAAGAGCACAGACAAGUCCUUACCACACUGGUCAUAAUAAUAUCCAUAAUCUUCAUGUUCAUUUAUAUACAUUGCAUAUUCAAAAUGAUGUAUAGUAGACUUAAUAAUCGCUUACAAUUUAAAGUAUUUAUAAUGAUUGGUUAUUGAAUCUGCAUUCAAAAUGUUCUUGCAAGAUUAUUCCUCCAGCAGUGUUGUUGGCAAUGCAAUUGUUUGGUUUCAAUGGGGAUUUAGCCAUGUACACCAGGGUGAUGACUACCAGUGUGAACAAUUAAGGUCAUGAAUAUGUUGAAAAGUAAAGGACAUUGUUUUAGAUGGUGUGUAUGCUUGUAAGAGCACUGGACUGAGAUAAAAUUAGAAAUUUCUAUUUUUUCUCUCUGUCUGUAAUGUUGUUCUUGCAAAUGGUCUUUUUAGUGUGAAUAUUCUUUCCUUUUGCAUGUGUUUACUCCGAGGUUGUGCUAGGGUGAGACUGACUGAUUCAUACAUUUAUGUUGGAUACAAAAACAGGAACAUUUUAGAGAACUUCUUUUCAAAAGAACAAUAUUAUUUAUCAUUAGUGCAUUAUGUAUCGUUCACCCAAAAAUGAAAAUUGUGCCAUCAUUUACUCACUUUA